AUGCGCUUAACUUCUCAAUUUCGAGAUGCAUUGAAUACACGGGGACAUUCGCUUAGGUCCCUAAUAAUCGCACGCGAUGGGCUGGCAGCGCGUCGCGUCUUUCUCGCUCGUUAUUCGAGUUCUUUUCAUGGACGUCGGGCUUUCGCAUCGAUUGCACCACCUCCGUUAAUUGAAGAUGUAGUUGAGGUGCCUGUUGGUGGGACCGGUUCAAUUACGCUUACAGUACUACGGCCGUUGGCGGACAAUGCCCGAGCAAAUCCAAAGGUGAUUUUGUAUCUGCCUCGAGGGCCAAUUUUUCAAAAUGGAUCAGUAGUGGGUGUCAAAGAUCAAAGGACGCUAGAUUACUUUUUCCAUGAUGAUCACCAGGGAGCCAUGAUUUCAAGCAGUCUGUUGAGAGGUGGUCUCUCAACACCGCAAGAAUUAAUGACUGCAAUUACAGAGGCAAACGUUGUCACAGUCAACUACCGGCUAGGAUACACAGAUGCAGAGACAAGAAUAUCGAAUCCAGACAGCAGUCCCACUCGCCCAUUCUACAGAUACCCUACGCCAGUACACGACACGCUCGUCGGACUGGAUUGGGUCUUGCAGACUCUUCGCCCCGAGCAGCUAUUCGUCUUUGGAUCGAAUAUUGGCGGGUCCUUGGCCACUAUGCUGUCCCUGACAGAAUCACAACAUAUACAUGCCGUCGCAGCUCAUGAACCCGUCUGCGACUGGACCGGUCUCGAUGAGUACUGUACCAUUGACUCGGAGAUGCUCAUUGGAUCUGGAAGCAUUAUCGGCGGGAAUCAAUCAGAGGUGAUUGUGUCCGAUGGCGAUGAAUCACAACACUUACCUACGAAAGCCGUCCAGACGAAGCAACCAUCAAGACAUAGGAAAAAAGCGGUGCCAUUUGAUCUCGUACCUCUGCUCAACACGCGGAAAUACCUAUUCGAUACACCGUCCAAAUAUUUCGACUCCUUUGCCUCGCCUAUGCUUUUCUUACGCUCCGCCGGAAAAGAUGUUCCAAAGAUCAUGCCCGAAUACCAUACGGGACCAGAGUACCCGGUCCCUGUUUUGAAGACCCCAAUUACCGAAGAGGAAUUGAUCGACCUAUGGGACGUCCAAAUGCAUACAGAAGACGAACAAAAGUCUACCGAAAAUUCAACGCCGGUAGAAGGGCGGCCAUCGCGGCGUCGCAAGGCUCUCUCGCGAUGGCCACCGUACGGUAUAGACGCAAGUAAUGAUGGCAGAAGUAGAUUCACAAAGCCUACUCGACUUCAAAUUACUUUACCAUGGGUGAGAUUCUUCGCACGGCUGGGUCCCAGUGAAGAGUCAAAUGGUACAGUUUCCAAUUCAAAUGAACAUGACGGUGCUCCAUCAAAACCCAGAGCAAAUUCGCGGAAGCCGGCAGCAGAGCAUAAUUCCGUUCUAGCAACUCAGGCUAAAGAUAUGGUAUCCGUUAUGCGUCGUGCAUGUUUCUGGGGAGAAGAAGCUGGGAAUGGUGAAGAGAUAGUGACACUGCGCAAUGCGACUCAAGCCACCCCCCCUGAUCUCGACGAGCAGCGGCAACUCGCGGAUCCAAACUAUCUCGAAACUGUUCACGAAAGCGCACAUUGGUUUAAGGAUUUCAUGUCGAACCCUCGAUAG